UGAGGUGUACCACCCUAACGCUUUGGCGUUUUCACGCACACUAUCAAAAUACUAUGUAACGCACCGAACCGUUUUGCCUAAGCAAUAAAAACCGAGCAGAAGCUCGAUCACUUCUCUCUACACCACGAACAGAACAAGUACUCUUUCCUUUACCAAAUACCACGCCGAAACCUCGCAAUACUUAGCCCUCACUCACUUAUCAGUGGCGACGAGGAGGAUAAGUUUUUUUUUUCGCAUUUUUCGGGUGCGCGGAACUUGAUUAAAUAUCGAACUGCAUUAGUUUCGCGGGUGCAAUUUGCAAAAAAAAAGACUUUGAACCGAACUUUCGGGUGAGCGGUUAAGUGUUCUACGGUUGCGGAAUUUCUUGUUUCGGGUGACGCCGGAGCGGAUUGGACGAGAGCUGCUUGGAGGUGCCGGAUUUUUCGAGGACGCCGGUUGGAAACGCUCGACGUUUGGGUGUUUUUCCCGGAGGAAGCAGCACGCGGCGAUCAGGCGAGGUCCAGAACAAAGGCGGCACGGUGAGCAUCAACUUCUGGGACGCCAUUUUGUUGGAAGGCACGCGCGUCGUUCUUUUGUUUGGUGAUUGCUGAUUGGCAAGUGUGUGCUGUCGGGUGAUCUUGGCACGAGUAAUUCUUGUUUCCAAGUGUCUGGUUGGUUCCAACGUCACAGCCGGUCGGAUCGUCCAGGUUGCUGUUUAAGGAGAAAAUAUUCAAUCGCGGCAGCGGUGGUGGCUGAUUGUUCGCUGGAGGACGCUUGUGCUGUGCUGGGACGUACCGGGCACGCGGUAGCGGCCAUUUUGCUGUGUGUGUGAGAGGCGUUGUAAGCAAAUUUGCUGGCAAAGGCCGGAAUAGCAGAGCGGGCAAAAUGAGUAUGGCUUCAAGCAUUGAGCAAUAUCGCAAAGGCACAACCUUUGGCGAUUGGGCUGAUAGGCUGGAUUACACCUUCAAAGCUAACAAAGUGGAGGGUGAUCUUCAAAAAUCUCAUUUUAUGAAUCUUUGCGGGCCAUACAUUUAUUCCCAAUUGAAACUUCUCUUCAAGAAGGAUGAAUUAGAUAAAGCUGAUUAUGCUACCAUUGUGGCAAAACUCAAGCUUAAACUUGAUCUUACUGAGCCUGACCUUGUACAACGGUUUCGGUUUAGUCAACGGUCUCAACAACCGGACGAAACCGCUGAAGAGUUCGUACAAGCUGUCAAGCUUCAGGCUGAGUUUUGUGGGUUUGGAAAUUUCAAGGAUGUGGCCAUCAUUGACAGAGUCUUAGUGGGACUUAGUGAUGCUGUGUUGAAGGAAAAUCUUCUGAAGGAGGAAAAGUUGGAUUUGGCUAAAUUGGACAAGUUUAUCACUACAUGGAACAUUGCUAAACGCAAUGUACAUUCGCUUUUCAAUCAAAAUUCGUGCGCUAACUACAACUACCCUCCUCCGGAGAUGAUUAACCAAGUGAGAAGACCAGUUCACGAGCGUUUGGGCCAUCCCUACAAUCAAAGACAACACACACGCACACAAAACAAUGUCAAUAGACAGGGUAAUGGUUUCAAUAGAACAAAUGGAUCGUUCAACAGAUCGGGUUACAACAACAACAACAAUCACAAUCGCACACAAAAUUCACAAAACGCUCAGCGUACAGUUCGAUUCCAAGGUGAUAAUCGUAACAACACACAAAGAAACACAAACUACAGUAACAAUAACAGACUGAAUGGUCGCAACAACUACAACAACUGGCCUAAGAGGGAUUAUUCGGAGAUGGAAUGUGAUUACUGUGGGGAGUUAGGUCACAUUAGGAGAAAGUGUUUCACAUUGAGAAACCUGCGGCGAGAUGCGGUGAAUUUCAUCGAGGCCGCGAAGCCAGGGACCAGUGCGGAAAAGGAGUUGUCAGAUCUGAUGGGGCGCAUGAGGACAACGGAUGUUCCUAGGGCGGAGACAUCGGAUGAUGAAAGCUACUCCGAGUGGAAUCCAGGUAGUUUACAAUGUAUGUGUGUGGAGUCCAUUAACAAAAUAAGCGAACCUUGUUUGACAAAUGUCAUAAUUGACAAUGUUUUCGUCCAAAUGGAGAUUGAUUGUGGAUCAACGGUAACAGUGAUGGGAAAAACUCAAUAUUUCAGACUUUUCGACAAACCUUUGAACAAAUGUGAUAAACAGCUGUUGGUAGUUAAUGGAAAUCAACUCAAAAUUGAGGGAGAGACAGAUGUUUGUGUAAAACUGAAUGGUUUCAAACAUAAGUUGAAAUUACUUGUAUUAAAUUCUGAUUUCAAGUUCAUUCCGCUUUUUGGCAGGAAUUGGAUGGAUAUUUUCUUCCCUCAAUGGAGGCAAUUCUUUUCUAACAAUGCGACGAUUGAUGAACAAAUUAACAGUGUGAGUGCGCCAAAGGGCGAUGAGUUGAUUAAAGAGAUUAAACGGGAUUUUUCGGAUGUUUUUGUGAAAGAUUUUUCUACUCCGAUCAAGGGUUUUGAGGCUGAGUUGGUCUUGAAAAGUGAAGUUCCCAUUUUUAAGAAAGCGUAUGACGUUCCUUACAGGCUGAGGGAGAAAGUUUUAACGUAUUUGGAUAGAUUAGAGAAGGAAAAUGUGAUCAGUCCCAUUGAAGCCAGUGAUUGGGCAUCUCCGGUGAUAGUUGUCAUGAAAAAGGAUAAUAAAAUCAGACUGGUUAUUGAUUGUAAAGUGUCUAUUAACAAAGUGUUAGUGGCGAAUGCAUACCCUUUGCCUGUUGCUAGUGAUUUGUUUGCUAAAUUGGCGAAUUGCAAAGUUUUUUGUUCUUUAGAUCUUGAGGGUGCAUACACACAACUUGCGUUAUCGGAGAGGUCCAAGAAAUUCAUGGUUAUCAAUACAAUUAAGGGUUUAUUUACCUACCAUCGCUUACCACAGGGGGCUUCUCCUAGUGCGUCAAUUUUCCAGCACAUUAUGGAUCAAAUUUUGGGCGGAAUUCCCAAUGUGUUCUGCUAUUUAGAUGAUGUUCUGAUAGCAGGGAAAACUGUCGAUGAUUGUCGAGAUAAGCUGAUAAUUGUUUUGGAAAGGCUUGCAAAGGCAAAUAUUAAGGUAAACUGGGAGAAAUGCAAAUUUUUUGUUACAGAAUUGAAAUAUUUAGGGCACAUUAUUACGAACAAAGGUUUAUUGACCUGCCCUGACAAAAUUUCGACUGUUCAGAGAGCAAAAGUGCCUACAAAUGUUAAUGAACUAAGAUCCUACUUGGGAUUAAUAAACUACUACAACAGAUUUGUGCCAAAUAUGUCUGCAAAAUUGCAUUUUUUGUAUAACUUGCUAAAGAAAAAUACGAGGUUUAUUUGGGAUCGCGAUUGCGACAAAGCCUUUCACGAAAGUAAACAAAUGUUGCUUUCGGCAAAUAUUCUGGAAUUUUACGAUCCUAAUAAGGAAAUUGUAGUUGUUUCUGACGCAUCAGGCUAUGGCCUAGGAGGAGUAAUUGCUCAUGUGAUCGAUGGGGUUGAGAAGCCUAUUUGUUUUACAUCUUUUAGUUUAGAUGACGCACAAAAGAAGUAUCCUAUUCUUCAUUUAGAAGCUUUAGCUUUGGUUUGUACCAUUAAGAAAUUUCAUAAAUAUUUAUUUGGACAAGAGUUCAUUGCUUACACUGAUCACAAGCCAUUGCUGGGAAUUUUCGGCAAAGAAGGCAAAAAUUCAAUAUUUGUAACCAGACUCCAACGUUAUAUUUUGGAACUUUCCAUUUAUAAAUUUGAACUUCGGUACAGGCCGUCUGCAAAGAUGGGUAAUGCGGAUUUUUGUUCGAGGUUUCCUCUAAGUCAGUCGGUGCCUGCCGAAUUGGAUCAAGAUUUCGUUAGGAGCAUUAACUUCAGCAUAGAUUUCCCAUUAGACUUUGUUUUGGUUGCCAAGGCGACAACUGACGAUGUUUAUUUACAACAAAUUUUAAGCUAUCUGCGUGAUGGUUGGCCGGAAAAGGUGGACAAACGCUUUAUGGACGUAUUUGCAAAUCAGAAUGAUUUGGAAGAGGUUGAAGGGUGCUUAUUGUACCAAGACAGGGUGGUGAUACCACGUGGAAUGCAAAGCGGGAUUUUAAAACUUUUACACGCCAAUCACGCAGGGAUAGUUAAAAUGAAACAAUUAGCACGUAGACAAGUCUAUUGGUUUGGAAUUAACAAAGAUAUAGAAAAAUAUGUUUCAACAUGCGAUAUUUGUGGUAGUAUGGCAGUGGUGCCAAAAGUUCAAACUACGUCUAAUUGGACGCCAACUACUAGGCCUUUUAGCCGAAUUCACAUUGAUUUCUUCUAUUUUUCUCGCCAUACUUUUCUUCUGAUUGUGGAUUCACACACCAAGUGGCUUGAGGUAGAAUGGAUGAAACAAGGCACGGAUUGUGCAAAAGUUUUGAAGAAAUUGGUUGCUUAUUUUGCAAGAUUUGGUCUGCCAGACGUUUUGGUAUCGGACAAUGGUCCUCCAUUUAACUCUUUUUCCUUUGUGUUUUUUCUUGAAAGGCAAGGAAUUAAGGUGAUGAAAAGUCCACCAUACAAUCCGCAGAGCAAUGGCCAGGCGGAGAGGCUAGUUAGAACAACUAAAGACGUUUUAAAGAAGUUUUUGUUAGAUCCGGAGUUGGACAACAUUGAUUUGGAAGACCAGAUUAAUCUAUUUUUAAUAAAUUUUAGAAAUAAUACUUCGACGAGUUCAGGGCAAUUUCCCUCAGAGAAAGUUUUCUCAUACAAGCCAAAAACAAUGUUAGAUUUAUUAAAUCCUAAAAAUCAUUACAAAAAUCAUCUAGUCAUUAAACAAACUCCUAGUGAUGAGGUACAAGUACCUGAAAUAUCCAACAAAACGUCGAAUGACGAGUUGGACGAACUGAAUGCAGGAGAUACUAUUUGGUAUAAAAAUCACGACGUUAAAUUACCAAAUAAGUGGAUUUUGGCUACGUACUUAAAGAAAUUUUCUAAAAAUAUUUUCCAGAUACAAAUUGGAAACGCGGUGCUAAUCGCGCAGCGCGGACAGCUUAAACCGCGACGUGAACGCCGGCACGAACAUCCAAAUUUGAUGAUGCCGCUCGCAACGCCGGUGACAAAUGCGGCGGAAGACUACCUGGAUGUCGAGAUGGGAGAAGAUACAGAACUGAUGCGGGGCACUGGAUGCGGUGAGGGCCCGUUCCGAGGAUUCUUGGAACCGGUUCAAACGAAGAGCAGGAGAAGAAAGCGGGAUGCCGCUGUGGCAGAGUUGCCAGCGAUCUGUCUUCGACGUUCGAAACGUCAGAGAAAUCCUAAAAUGAACGAUGAAUUUGUUUAUAACUAGUGUAUAGCUUUUUCGAACUCAAACUCUUACUAUUUUCUUAACUUGUAUUUCGAAUACUUGAUUGAAUUGUUAAAAUUACUUAUUUCUAUUAAUUAAACACUGUAAUAACAAACUGAAAAGCGGAGGACUGAGGUGUACCACCCUAACGCUUUGGCGUUUUCACGCACACUAUCAAAAUACUAUGUAACGCACCGAACCGUUUUGCCUAAGCAAUAAAAACCGAGCAGAAGCUCGAUCUCUUCUCUCUACACCACGAACAGAACAAGUACUCUUUCCUUUACCAAAUACCACGCCGAAACCUCGCAAUACUUAGCCCUCACUCACUUAUCAGCUAUGAGACGCGGGUUCGAUUCCCGCCUUAUCCACUGAGCUUCUAUCGGAUGGUGAAGUAAAACGUCGGUCCCGGUUUCUCCUGUCUCGUCAGAGGCGCUGGAGCAGAAAUCCCACGUUAGAGGAAGGCCAUGCCCCGGGGGGCGUAGUGCCAAUAGUUUCGUUUUUCUGAAAAUUCCGU